CCGGCGACUCUGCUGGGCGGGGGAUUCUGGGCGCUCUCGUUGGGAAGGGGCCGAAGCCCCCCCAAGAACCCCCCCUCCACCGCGGGCUUGGCCCCUGAGCAUGCGAAGAGCGCCUGGCAGAUUCCCCUUUCCCCACCUCCCCCCACCCUACUGGGACGAAGCCUUUUGGAGGAUAUUGGGGGGGGGCGCGCGCAAAAAAGGUCCCUCCUUGACUCCUUGACUGUCAGGCUCUGCCCUCCCGCCCUUGGCUCGCUCUUCUGCCCUGGGGGGUCCUGGGAGUUGAAGUCCCAGCUCCCCCCUCCCCCCCCGGUGGAGAACGCCUGAGCCCUUAUUGGCUCCCUGCUCCCACCGACAGGGACUGGCCUCGCAGCAAUCCUUCGGCCAGACACGCACGCACGCACGCACACACACACACACACACACGUGUGCAUACAUGUGAAGUUGAGGGGAGGGGGUGCUUUGCCAGCCUUUGGUUACCAAGCUGGGCCCUGAAUCUCGCCUGCUUGGACUGGAGCCCGAAGCGGGAGGGGGCCGGCCUGCAGGGGCUCUAGGCCGGGGCCGGUGGAGGUGGGCGAGCCCCGUGUGAGCUGCCCACUCUUUUCCCAGCCUUGCCUCCAGUUGAGAGCCACUGUGCCUCAGGCGUCUGCCUUGUCUUCCUGUUGUAGCUCCUGGGAGCUCCUACACCAUGGAGAAGUUUGGCAUGAACUUUGGAGGUGGCCCGAGCAAAAAGGAUCUGCUGGAGACCCUGGAGGCGCAGAAGAAGCAGCUGCUCCAGUACCAGUCCCGCCUGAAAGACGUGGUCCGGGCCUACAAGAGCCUCCUCAAGGAGAAGGAGGCCCUGGAAGCCAGCCUGAAGGUGCUUUCGGUGUCGCACGAGGCCGAGGCCAGCCUGAAUGGCCGAGGGGCCCCUCCCCUGGGGCCGACUGCUUCCAGCCCAGACCCCAGUGAGGACAGGAGCUCCGUUCACAGCGAAGACAGCGCAGGGACCGUGGCCAGCCUGACCAGCAUCAAGGGUGACCAGGCAGGGUCAGGAGCGGAGGAGGAGCAGGGAGCCCUGGCUCCAGCCUCUCCUGUACAGCUGGAAGAGGCCAACGGCUCCGAAAGCGGGGUGAGCUGCAGCAGCGGCGAGGUGGCCGUGGCCGGUGCCGACGAGGCCGAAAGGCGCGUGCUCCAGCUGAAGACCCAGCUGGCCACACUGACCAGUGCCUUGGCCACCGUCACCCAGGAGAAGUCCCGCAUGGAAGCCUCCUAUCAGGCCGACAAGCGAAAGAUGAAGCAGGAGAUGGAGGAGGCCGGCCGGAGGUCGGAGGAGGAGAGGAGCCGCCUGGCGGCCGAGGCCCUGGAGGCCCAGGCCCAGCUGGCGGAGACCAAGGCCCGCCUGAUCACCCAGCAGCAUGACCGGGCCCAGGAGCAGAGUGACCAUGCCCUCAUGCUGCAUGAGCUGCAGAGGUUGCUGCAGAGCGAGCGCACCCUGCGGGAGGAGGCGGAGCAGAGCCUGGAGGAGACCCGGGAGGUGCUGGCCGGGAAAGCCUCUGUGGCCGAUCGUGCGGAGGGCUCGGAACGCCAGGCCAAGCAGCUGCUCCAAGAGGUGGAAGAGCUCAGGAAGGAACUGCAGCUCGUUCGAGUUGAGAGCAGCAGGCCUGACCCCCAGCUGCUGGAGCUGCGGGCAGAGAUGGACAGCCUUCGCGGUCACUUCCAGGCCCAGCUGCUCCAGGAGAUGAGAAAGACUUCUCAGGCGGAGGAGCGUGUCCAAAUGGAAGAGCAACGAGUAUCCAGUCUGGAGGCCCAGAUUUCUGAGAUGUCUGAACUCCUGGGCACCUACGAAAAGGCAAAGCAGAAAGACCAGCUGACCAUUCAGAAGCUGAGAGAUCGCAUCGCCCAGCUGGACCUCGAGAACAAGACGCUGGCCAUGGCAGCCUCUGGCCGGUCCGCUUCCGUGGAUGUGGCCAUUGAGGAGAGCAACCUGGAUGUCAAUGUUUUGAAAGACAAGCUGGAGAAACUGAGGAAGCUCUUGAGGGCAGCCACGAAGCCCAGCCAUCAGGCAGUCGUAGGGGGGGAGGAGGAGGAGGAGGAGGAAGCAGCUGUGGAGGAGAAGGGGGACUUUGGUGAAACAGGGGGUCCCGAGGCAGCUGAUGGCGAGAAGGCCACCGCGGCCUACUACCGCCAGGAGCUGAAGCAACUGAAGGAAGAGUUUGAAAGGUACAAGCUAAGGGCUCAGGUGGUCCUUAAGAACAAGUCGGCCAAGGACGGCAGCCUGGCCAGGGAGGUGGGGGAUGCCAAGGAGCAGCUGGCAGAGCUGAGGGAGAAGUACAUCUCCCUUCGGCUCUCCUGCGAGGAGCUGGCCGAGCGCCACCAGGAGGAGAUGGAGGCCAAGAAGCAAGAAGUGGCCCACCUCCAGCAUCUCCACCGGCAGGCGCUGGAGAGGGGCGAGCUGGACUACCAGGAAAAGGUCCUCCGGCUGGAAGAGGAGAUGCACAAGCAGCGGGCCCGGGCCCUGGCGGUCCUUGCGGAGAAGGACCAGGAGCUGGAGCAGCUGCGGGCCCUGGCUCUGCCCUGCGGGCUCCAGGGGCCCAAGGCGCUGCCGGCUGGCGCACCGGGUGGGGGCAGCGGGGGCGAGGAGGAAGCAGCAGGCGAGGAGAACUCCCUGGAGAGCUUGGCCCAGGUGCUGCGCCUCACCGCCCCCAGCGAGCCCACCUUCCUCCUGUACACCGAGCAGCUGGCCCGGAAACACGUGGAGCUCUCGGCCCUGAAGAAGCAGAAGCACCGGCUGGAGGUAGAGAUUCGCCGCCUGCAGGAGCAGCUGCUGGAGGAGGGGGAGAAGCACCAGGAGGAGGUCUCUGCCCUCCAGGGCCAGAUCCAGAAGACGGUGAGGGACCAGAACAGGGAGGGGGCCAACCUGGAGUACCUGAAGAACAUCAUCUUCCGCUUCCUGACCUUGACGGACUCCCUGGGCAGGCAACAGACCUUGACAGCCAUCUUAACUAUUUUGCAUUUUAGUCCCGAGGAGAAGCAGGCAGUCCUCAGCCAUUCAGGUGGCAGCGGCCACGGCUGGUGGCACACGGGGAAAAGGUGAAGCCACCUUCAGGGCCAGCGCAGGGACUUUGGGACCGAGGCAGGGCCCCGAACAGUCCUCCUCAGCCUGGCGUGCCUGUGGUCCCGUCAGGUGCCUCCACUGGCAGGGCCGGUCCCGCCAGGAUCACCCGGGGUGGUGGCGGUGGUGCUUCCACUGCCCAAGAAGGGACUUCGACUGGGGGAGAUGGAUUGUUUGUUCACCAAGUAUUGGGGGGUUUGGUGGCCAGAUACAAAAGGGGGAAAUUCUGUGGCUGCUUUUCCUUUCCUACACAGCCCCAUUGGCCUGUGCUUUGCAAAUAAACAACCAUCAGCCAAAUCCUUUUCUGAGAACCAAGACCAGACCCAAGGGACACGGGGGGGGGUAUGUGUGCCCUGCUGCAUGGUGCCAUAACGGGGUUGGCGCGGGCAGGGCACUCGGAGGGCAGGAGCUCGCCAGGGUUUUCCAGAUAGGUUCCUUGCCCUGGGAGGCUGCCAUCUGGGCAAGAGGGGGUUGGGAAAGCAGCGAGAGGUGAGCCCUUGCCAGCACUGAGCUGUUGGUCAUCAUCAUCUCCACCACCUCUGGCUAGCCCCUGCCCCCCACUCCGUAUUUCUCAUCUGGCAAGCUCAGGUUUCUCCCUCCCAGCAAAGCCCGGUUCAGCCCCCCCCCCGCCCCCAACGCGUCAGGGUUGUU